UUGGUCACACUACAAGAAAGACUAUUUUAUUGUUGUUUCGCACGUCACGGUUAAAAUAUAAACAAACCAAAUUCGCUCGUACAAUAAAAUGGGCGGUUCUGUGUUAAGUUAUAAUAAUGCGGCAUAGAAACCGCUAGUUUAAAAUAAUUAGAAAUUGCCGGGUCAUCGAGGCCCAAGCGUGAGCCACCAUGGUGAAGAUCCUCCAGGCUUACAACUUUGCUAGGCAACAGACCUACGCUCUGAACGGCGACAUCCUAGCGGCCAGCUUGAUCGGCAACAACAGGAUAGCCAUCAGCAGUGCGGAGCAGUUCAUUGAGAUCUACGACAUCGCUGGCAAGCCGAACCAGUCGGAGGACACGAGGAAAGCGCCAGCGGAUGAGGGACAAGCGAAUGAGGCGGCAGGAGAUGCUUCCUGCUCCGGAGGCGAUGAGCGGACGCCCAACAGAAGCACUCUGGCCACAGUGGGCGAGGUGGUGCAAUUGAUUUACUGCGAGGCUGGAAAAUACUUGCUCACGCUGGAGAAGGAGCAGGCGGGCAGUCCGGUGCAUUCCUCCUCCACCAUUAGCUGCACCUCGAGCAGCAACAGUAAUACGGUCUGCUCCGAGGACGACACCAAGAUGUUCGUGCGCAUCUAUGCCAACUUUUGGAAGUUCCCGGACAGCCGACUCAACGAGCUGCCCAUCACCAUCCGGAUAGCCUCGAUGACCACGCCCAAGACGCCGCUGGUGGAAAGCAUCGAUGUGAUCGAGCUGCCACUGCGCAGUCCGCCGGAGCUGGUGCAGUGCUGUCAGACCUCCGGCAACAUUAUCGUCAGCAGCCGCGACAGGAUCUAUCUGUACGAGUACACGCAGUGCGUCCACGAGAAUACCCAGCCCAGGUUCUCCUUCAUCGAUUUCCUGCCCUUCAAGUUCUUCGUGCAGCUGAACUUCAUCCCAGUGCGUCUGUGUCUGGCCGAGAACGUGAUCGCCUGCCUCAGCCAUCGCUAUUGCGUGGCCUUCAAGGUGGUGGAUGCACUGGCGAGCAGAGCCAGUGGAGGGCAGGACGUGAGUUGCCUGGACAACGACUACGGUGGCGGAGAUGAGCCGCUCUCCGAAUCCCUCAGCCUCGGCAGCAAGGCUAGUGCCAGUGGCGGAGGCGGGGGCGGGUGCGGAGGUGUGGUCAGUUCCAGCCACAGCCAGCAGAGCUGCGACAGCGAUUCCCUACAAUCAACGAGCAGUGGCAAGCCACCGGUGGCCAUUAAUGGAGCCAUGCCAGGACGGUCGCCGCUGGACUUCAACUUGGCCAAGCUGGUUAACAACGCCUACGGCAGGGAGUUCGAGCCGGAACUGCGCUCCCAGUGGGAUGAGAGUGAGUUCGGAGGAGGUAAGGGUCAGGAGGACAGCCAGGACAUCACCAUCAGUCCCCAGCGAGCUGUGGACAUUAAAAUCAAGCUCGUCAACGAGGCCAAGGCCAUGAAUGUGAGGGGCAUCGCCGGGGGCAGCCAUCUGGAUGAUGCCUCCGUGCAAUACGAUGUGCGGAAGCUGCUGCAGAUCUGCAUGAAAACCUCAGAGAACCAACCGCGUGUCUUGGACAUUCUUCGCUGCAUGGACCUCAAGGCCAUCUACCAGAGAAGCGGCCAGGGUGUGGAUCAGGAGGACGACGAGUACGACAUGGGCAACCAACAGGUGCCCAGUGCGGUGACCACCUUCAAGCACGUCAACCGCCGGACCCUUAAGUCAUCGCAGCACCAGCGGUGCAUGGGCCACGCUCUCCUGGUGGCCAGCAGUGUGGACGGCUUCCUGUACCAGUUCUCCGCCCAAGGCAAGUGGUACAGUGAGAACGAAAAGCCGGUGGCCAGCUACAGUUUCACGGCACCGGUGAUCCAGGUGCAUAUCAACGACUACGUGGUGUUUGCGGUGACCUCCGAGUCCGUGGAAACGCACACGUCGCGCAUCGGGCACAAGCUCUUUCACAACCGCUUCGAGUACCCCUCGAUUGGCGGUCUGUUCCCCGAGGAAUCCGCCCCGGAUGUCAAUUCGCCCAUUGCCGUCGUUGGUCUGGCCGCGUUCAUGCACGUUCAGUUUGUGUGCGUGAACCGGGAGCAGCUGGUGCUCAUCACGAACGCAGCUCUGGAGCAGCACAAGCGGCGCAGCAUGGGCGAGGUGACCGGCGGUCAAGUGGUGGCCGUCAAGCGGAACAUCGCCGCUCGUCUGCUGGCCGAGGCGAAGGCCAAACACAGCAGCCUGCUGAGGAGCAGCAGUGCAGCCCAAUCCUCGACGGUGGCCAACGAGUGGACGCUGUACAAUUUGGAGAUUCCGCGCGUGGAGUGCGUCAUCGAGGAUCUCGAGGGCAUUGCGGAGUCGUAUCGCAGUGCCAGCAGCUGCAACUUCUACGAUCUCAUGGAGGAGGCCCAUGUCAUGCUGCGCCUGAGUCUCACGCUGCAGGGCGAGCGUUUGGGGGCGGAGCGGGAGCUGCAGCUCCGGCAAAUGUUCGCUGCGAACUGCAGAAAGCUUGCUGAUUUCUCAAUACGUUCCAACAAACAGGAGGUUUAUCUGCAGGCCACAGGAUUCUACAGAAUGUGCCAGCUUCAUCUGGUGGACAUCUUCAAUAACUACAUAGAGAACUUCAUGGACAGCGAUGAGGGCAUGGAGACCACUGAGCUUGCGGGACUGAUCUACACGGUAAAACUGUUCCUACUCAGUUUGGGAACAGAUCGCUUGAAGUCGGCAUUCCUGAACCAGACGGUUCGUCCGUACUUCACGCCCGCUCGGGUGAUCCAGCAGGGCUACAAGCAGGUUCCGCUCUCGCUGGAGUUCCUCAACAUGUUCAUCAAACAUGCUCCGGCAGAGAUUCCGAAGAUAAUGCUGAUCUCACCCGUGGUGGCGGACUCUAUGAGUGGAGAGCUGAUCAACUACCUCAAGUACUUGAACAAGCUUUCCCCCGAAGAAAACCUGCUGCUGGCUGUGACGGCCUGCCGCAUGUCCAACUAUCUACUGGCUCAGGAGAUAAUUGCAAAGUCCAGCAGACGCAACCUGGCCACCGCCCUGAUUCGGCACAAGAACGUUCUGUUCGAUGACAGCACUGUGAUCUACCAGCGGCGCCAUCAGCAGCAAGCCGACUGUCAAUCCCAAUCCCAAUCCCAUUCGCGGGGUAAGAAAACCCGACGGGUAGGUGGAAGGAGCAAACCCGCUGCGGUGAGUACGCCAACGCCGAGCACCAUCGUCUCGUUCUCGGACUUUUGCGAGACGAUUCUGUUGGCCAACGAGCAGCCAGCACUAAUCGAAGCGAUCAGCGAUGCCCUCAUCCAUGCACUGUGCAUCGAACAUAGCCUGACGCUGGACGUGAUUCUGCAGCUGUUCCUCAACUACAUCGCCUCGCACAUUGGCCAAAAGGGCUAUCAGACGUCGCAGAAGGUGUUCGUCAACAUUCUGCAGGUGUACUUCUACGACAUCUACGACGUCAGCUCAUCGCUGCAGCCCCACGAGGUGCGUUCGCAUACGCCGCCGCAACUGGACGACGACUACGACGAGGAGUGCAGCAGUUCGCGGGCUCCCUCGCUGCACAGCGAAGCGGACGCCCAGUCGCUGUCCAGCUCUUGUGCCAGCUCGGCGCACGAGGAUCGCUCCGCUAGCCUCUCGAUCAGUGGACGGCAGCAGCGAAUCGUCUACGAUCAGCUGCAGGAGCAGCAGUCGUCGCCUUUUCAGAAGCGCAACUCAAAUGCCUCGCUGUCGCAGCCACAGCCGGAUGACGAUGUGGCCGCCACCAAUCUCAAGGGUCUCAAGAUCCUCUUUCGCAUGUACAUGGGCCGGUUGAAGGCCCUCAGUGAUCUCAUCACAGACCUGCAGUCAGCGGAUGUGGAGCAGCAGGCUGGUCGCGAGGAGUUUAUGAACCUGCGCAUGGAGUGCAUCUCGUACAUGGUGGGCAUGGCUCCCAAUUACUGUCCCAAACCGAUUGUAAAGAAUCCCAAUGAUCCGCUGGCCAGCAAGCUCGUAUACGUGCCCUUCAUUCCGGACUAUAAGCUGCCCGAGGGCGAGGAGUUUGAGCGCCACAUCAAGAGCUACAUUCGUCCAAUACCCUGUUUGCUGGAACGACCGCAGUACUUAAACCGCCUGCCGCCCUUCGAACGGAGCGACUUCAGCUACCCGAACAAGGACGAGGGCGAGUUCGAGGUGCGCUUCCUCAGCUGGCAUAACGAGCUGCUGACCCUCACCCUCAAGAUUCAGAGUCUGCUGGCCUCCAGCAAGGUGGAUCGCGAGAUCAUCUCCGAGUUUCUGGCCUUCAUACAAAAGACGCCGCAUUUGAUGGGCAUCGACAGUUUCCUGGUAAUCGUCUUGCCCAAGAACUUGGCAAUAAACUACCUGCUUAGUUUUUGUCCCGCUUUUCUCUGGCAGUACGGAAAGUCCUGCGGUUUCACGCCCAAACACUGGGAGAGCCUGUUACGGAAGAUUCUCAGCAAGCAGGAGGCGCUGCCCAACUGGAAGACACACAUUUCGGAGAUACUCAACAAUUUGGUGACUGAGCUGAGCUUCGAAGAACUUCUGCAGUGCUUUCCCAGCGAGGUCAUUCAAAACCGGAACACGGCACAGUACUUUGCCAAGGAGUUUGCCGAGACAAGUGUCCUUUAUGAGCACGAGGAGCUCGUCUUCAAGACUCCCGAUCGGAGCGAGGGGCACAGGGAACACAUGCCGAUGGACAACAUCGAUGAGGACAAUGUGUUCGAGUUAACGCUGCGCAAGGCGGUGGCCAAGCAGCGGAGCAUUGCGCUGAGGUCCAUGAUCGAGUCCACGGGAACCCAACUGUUCGACGCUACCAGUAAUCCCAUGUACAACCUGUAGACGGUCUUAACUCCACUUUAAACUGGUUACAAACGAAAUUAUCAAAUUGAAAAUCGAUAAGAUUGAUUGAUAUUAACGUAGCAAAGUAGCGAGCACGGAAGGCAGCUUUGCUUGUACUCCAUAAAUAGUUCGAUAUGUAAUUUGUAGUCUUAGGGCAUCCCCAUAACGAGGCAUUAUUUAUUGACAUUUCUGUUUGACACCAAACGCAACAUUCGGAUACUGAUUUCUGGGCUGUAGGUUGUAAAAGUAACUAGCUCGUCGCGAAUUUGUGCGUUAUUUGCCAUAGGAAAUCAGAUGUGUGAUCGGGAGUGAUUAGGAAACCCCCCCUCUCUACCUGUAUUUGUAUUCGUACGCAACGUUAAUCCAAGUUUCCUUUGAACUAAGCUUUAGAACCCUUAAAGUAUUCGUACUCUAUACAUUAGUUUCUUAGUCACUUUACUCACCCAUACACCAUAGCAUACACCCAAACACACUGUCUUACACAAAAAAAAAAACAAACAAUCUCAAGUGAUAUUUUUAAUUCUUGCAUUGAAUCUGAACAAUAAAAGCAUAAUUACAUGACAA